CGCUCCCACUGCCUCACGCGUUGGACUUUUUUUUUUAUUUCCCAUUUUCCUCCCCAAAGAGACAAACUCCAUUUUCUUAUGAAUGGAAAGUGAAAAAAUCCGCUCCUCUUAAAUUGGGAUCCCCACUCCUGUAGCGGGAGGACCCCCUGAAAGCGCAAGGGGACCCGGGCAAUAUCCCCAUAAAGGCUGGAGGGAAGCGAGAAGCAAUGACCAUGACUAGCAUGCCGGAGAGCCUGAGCAGCCCGGUGUCAGGCAAGGCGGUGUUCAUGGAGUUUGGGCCUCCGAACCAGCAGAUGCCUCCUUCCCCCAUGUCCCACGGACACUACUCCAUGCACUGCCUGCACUCCCAGCACGACAGCUCGUACAGCGGCGCCUCGUCCUUCUCCAGAGCCCUGGGCUACCCCUAUGUCAACUCGGUGAGCAGCCAUUCCUCUAACCCCUACAUCAGUACCGUGCAGUCCUACCCCAACAGCUCCAGCCUCAGCCAGACCCGCUUAGAGGAGCCAGGGGCCGAGACGGAGAAAAGCACCGUGGUGGAAGGCGGUGAGGUUCGGUUCAACGGAAAGGGGAAAAAGAUCCGCAAACCCAGGACUAUCUACUCCAGUCUCCAGCUCCAGGCUCUGAACCGGAGGUUCCAACAAACCCAGUACCUGGCUCUGCCCGAGAGAGCCGAGCUGGCAGCUUCCCUGGGACUCACACAGACACAGGUUAAAAUCUGGUUCCAAAAUAAAAGGUCAAAAUUUAAGAAACUGAUGAAACAGGGAGGAGCGGCGUUAGAGAGCAGCGCCUUGGCGAAUGGCAGGUCCCUCUCCAGCAGUUCCCCCUCAGUGGCCCCUGUAUGGAACACCAACACCCCCUCUGGGAAGACUUCCUCUGGAACCCCAGGAGCUUACAUUCCAAGCUACACUUCCUGGUAUCCUUCAGCCCACCAAGAAGCUAUGCAGCAGUCUCAGUUGAUGUGAUGCCCAAAGCUUGGCACUGGUUAAAACUCCAUGAGAGGGUACAAGUGCCCGGAGGAGAGGGGCUCUAACACUCACUGCAUUCCUUGUAUGAUGCCAAACCACGUGAUCCGGGCUGGUACCCACACAGUGAGCUCAGUAUCAGCACAGUCUGCCCUUCUGCCUGGCACCCAUAGGGAAGGGGAGCGGCUGUACCCAGCGAACAAGGACCCAAACAUGUUUCUUGGGGCAGGGGGUGCAUAACACUGACUUCUUGUGUCUGUCUUUGUCCUGGUUAUUUUCCAGACUUUGUUGUUGUCAAAAAUCUAUUUCAAUUAUCUUCCUCAAAGGAACCGAUUUCUUUGGGUAAAUCGGUGUCUUUUCCCAUGGGGGGGGGGGGGGGUAGGUACUUUUGUUUGGUGAGCCAGUAAAUCCUAAAAUAUUUAUUUAUAAGGGAUGAGUAUAAUGGGCAGUUGUUAAUGUUGCAGGAUACAUAAAAAAUAAUAAUAAAUAAAAUUAACAUAUCUGAAACAUUAUAUUCAGAAUCAUUUCCCCUGUUACAACUGAAGGUAUUUUGUUCAAUUUGUUAGAGUUUCAGGUAUGUAUAUUAGGCCUUCACUGUCUUACUGCUAUAGUAAGUUACACAGUAAGUACAGUUAUACCUCUCACCCCUACAGUAUAACAUACAGUCAUAAUUACAGUAAUACUAUCACUGCUACACAAAUACCUUCAAUUACAGUGUUAGUUACAGUCAUAUCUCCAGUGUUACUGUUCAUUAGAGUAAUUACGGUAAUACCUUCCCUGUUACAGUAUGUGGCAGUAAUGCUUUCAGUCUGAAGGUGUUAGUUACAGUUGUACUCUCCCUGUUACAGUAUGGGGCAGUAAUGCCUUCAGCCUGAAGGUGUUAGUUACAGUUUUACUCUCCCUGUUACAGUAUGGGGCAGUAAUACUAUCAGUCUGAAGGUGUUAGUUACAGUUGUACUCUCCCUGUUACAGUAUGGGGCAGUAAUACUAUCAGUCUGAAGGUGUUAGUUACAGUUGUACUCUCCCUGUUACAGUAUGGGGCAGUAAUGCUUUCAGCCUGAAGGUGUUAGUUACAGUUGUACUCUCCCUGUUACAGUAUGGGGCAGUAAUACUAUCAGUCUGAAGGUGUUAGUUACAGUUGUACUCUCCCUGUUACAGUAUGGGGCAGUAAUGCUUUCAGCCUGAAGGUGUUAGUUACAGUUGUACUCUCCCUGUUACAGUAUGGGGCAGUAAUACUAUCAGCCUGAAGGUGUUAGUUACAGUUGUACUCUCCCUGUUACAGUAUGGGGCAGUAAUACUAUCAGCCUGAAGGUGUUAGUUACAGUUGUACUCUCCCUGUUACAGUAUGGGGCAGUAAUACUAUCAGCCUGAAGGUGUUAGUUACAGUUGUACUCUCCCUGUUACAGUAUGGGGCAGUAAUACUAUCAGCCUGAAGGUGUUAGUUACAGUUGUACUCUCCCUGUUACAGUAUGGGGCAGUAAUGCUUUCAGCCUGAAGGUGUUAGUUACAGUUGUACUCUCCCUGUUACAGUAUGGGGC